AUGUCUCUAGGCAGCGCGCAGGCCCCCAAGAAGCGGCUGGCGGUGUUUGUGUCCGGCGGAGGGUCCAACUUCCGGGCCAUCCACGCUGCCACGCAGCAGGGCGCCAUGGCCGGCGAGGUGGCGGUGGUCGUCAGCAACGCCCCCGCCUGCGGUGGCUGUGAAUACGCGCGGCAGCACGGCAUCCCCACCCUCACCUACCCCGCGCCCAAGGACAGCCCCGGGGAGGGGCUGGGCGACGAGGAGCUGGUGCAGCAACUCACACUGGAGUAUGGGGUUGACAUUGUGGUGCUGGCAGGUUACCUGAAGCUCAUCCCGCCCGGCCUGGUCCGCGCCUUCAAGCGCCGCAUACUCAACAUCCACCCCGCCCUGCUGCCCGCCUUUGGAGGCAAGGGCUACUACGGCGGCAAGGUGCACCGCGCCGUGGUGGCCAGCGGGGCGCGCUUCUCGGGCCCCACGAUACACUUUGUGGAUGAGGAGUACGACACGGGCCCCAUCCUGGCGCAGGCGGUGGUACCGGUGUACCCAACCGACCGCCCCGAGCAGCUGGCGGCGCGGGUGCUCAAGGAGGAGCACCGGCUGUACCCGCUGUGUGUGGCGGCGCUGUGCGACGGGCGGGUGACGUGGCGGGAGGAUGGCAUCCCCAUCAUGUGGACCGCACACUGA